CGUAUCCGCACCAAAGUACGCAGAUAGCCUCAUCUUGUCUUCCGAGGAGACUCCUCCUGCUAUGUAUCCUCGUCCUCUACCGUACAGCUGAAAGCAAAGCUCCCAGGCAUGUUCCAUGGAGUCCUGUCAUCCCUUGCACCUCGAAUCCGCAUGACAAACGAUCGACAACACCAGCACGAUUGACACGAUAACGACGGCGCUGGACUGCACGCUGGCAAAAGAUGGUGGGGAGGAGGACUUCACCGGACGGUUCACACCACGAAGACAGCAGGGCCGGUGUUAAGGGAAAGGAAGUCACGUUUGCCAACGAUGAAGGCGCUCUGAGCUCGGAUUCGAGUGUGGAUGCUGUCGACACUCGUCUCGCAGCGUCUUCAAUCGACAACGCAACCAUGUCCUCGUCCGCGAUAAGCCAGUCUGGCUACUCGACAGCCAUGACGUCGAAUAUGACAGAUGAUGACCGCCGACCCAGCGCCUCGAACAGCCCCACAGCCACCACGUCGCACGCACAUCCCAGCCUCACGCUCCUCGAGCUGGUGUCGAAUUCGGCGUCGUCUUCUGCGCUGCCGGACAGCUUUGACUUCAAUAUUUCAAGAAAGGGGCAGUAUGUUGCCGUGUACUCGGCGUCGAACAUAUGGCUUAUCCAAACGGUACAGCUGCCGAGGCUGUUUGCGCGCACGCUACAAGUCAAGCGCAAACCUGUCGCGGUCGACAUCACAGAGGAUGGUUUCCUGCUGGCGGUGCUUUCGCGGCCGUCACAAGUCGAUUUGUACGAGAUUCAUGGCGAGCAAGGCGGGCAGAUCAAGAUGCGGAGAACGGUGCAGCUGGUGCAUGAAGCCAGCUCGCUUGUCAUUUCGCCAGAUGCGCGCAUCCUGAUCACGGGCAACAAGUUUGGUAUCGAGGUUGUUGCAGUCUUUCCGGACGCACCUGCGACUGCGAGACGCACGCUUUCUGGACCCGCGGGCGAUGCGCUGGAAUUUUCCGACGAUGGUCGCACGCUGCUCAUCACAGGGUACGCGCGCAAAUCAGACAGCUCUGCCCUGUUUGUCCUACCAGGACUGUACGAUGGCCCGCUUGACGAGGAGGGUGCGCCAAUUCCUCAGUCGCCAGAAGUUGUGUGGACGGGCUCCCUUUUCGCAUUCAACGCAGAAGAAGACUCAUGGGGCAUAUACGAUAUUGCGUGUCAGCGCUUCACACAGAGGAAAAUGUUUCUGCCUGAUCACCAGCGGUGGACGCGCUCGGAAUUCGUCGACGAUGCAAUGCCGGCUGUUUCGCCCAACGCUGACCUAGCAGCCGUGGCUUUGCGGAUGCGCGGCACUACCAACAUCUGGAUAUACGAGGUGCCAGGAUGGGAAUACAAGCCAAGUGAGAAAGCCAAGGGCCAGGCACCUAUCCAGCCCUGCUUCUGCAUUCUAAUACCGAAGCUUGGUGUCGGUGCUUACCAGGAGAUCUGUGUGCUGCGGUGGGUCAAGGUUGGCAACAAUAUACAGCGACUCAUCGCAGUGGGAAACUCGAGCAUAGUGCCAACUGAGAGCGAUGUACCUGACGUGCCGAUGGGCACGAAGGGCGUCAUCAUCGUCCUUGACUUCGACAAGACUAAGCCUGCCGGGGGUGCUGUAUCGGUGACAUCGAAAACAGAAUACGAUCUGGACCCACUGUGCCCUGGCGAAGUGCUACCCGAGGGCUCCAUAGAUUUCAACCAAGAAGUCGAGCUCAUGAGAACGAGGACGUUGGCACAGCGCAGAGCACAAGAUCAGGCGAGAGGUGCACGACGGAGUUCGAGAAGUGGUGCUUCGUCCGUCCAACGCUCCCGCACCACAACGAACCAGGUUGCAAUCUCGAGGCCACCACCUACGGCAGAUGAGGAAGAGCUGACGGCCGAAGAAGCGCAGGCUGCCUUCGAGAUGCCGUACGAUAACCAGCAACCCAGGUCGCAGAUGUCUCUGGCGAGAGCUGCUACUGUGGCGGCCGUCUCUCCUGCAAACCGGCGACAUUUGCGAGCGCUACCCUUUCGCCCGCUGGAGUACCGCCGUGCGGAUGGCUCGGGUCAGCGAGAGCUACCUCACGAGAGCGACGCAGACAACUGGGUUCCACCACCGCCUGCGUAUACAGCAAAGGCA